AUGCCCAAGAGGCUGCUGCGAUAUGCUCUCUCGCGCCUGGAGCUGCUCGAUGCCGACGCCCUCGAUAUGGACAACCUCGAUUUCGCCCUCGGCCGCAACACCGUCUUCGAGUUUAGGGAUGUUGGAAUCAAGUUAAAGAAACUCGAGAAACUGCUUCAACUCCCCGCCGCCAUCCAACUUUCGCGGGCCAAGGUCCUGCUUCUCAGAGUCACAGUGCCGAUGGACUUCUACACCAGCCCGAUAACAGUCGAGGUCGAGGGAGUUGAGGUCAGACUCAAAGUCGACGGAGCCGAGCGCGAUAAUCCGGGCAACGAGACGCCCCUGUCGGCCGCCCCUCCCGCCGACGUGGUGCCCAACACUGUAGAUCUGGCCCAGUCAUUUCUUGAGAUGCAGCCUUCGUCGGAGCGGAAACGGUUGGAGGAGGCCCUCGUGGCCGAGACGCAGGAUCUCGGCGCCUCCGUCUCCGUUAGCGACGACGACUGCGGCAGCGAAGAUGAGCCCAACGCUUUCGGCACCGGUCAAGCGCUGUCACUGCCCGAUUUCUUGGCCGACUUCUUACAGGGCAUCGUGGACCGUACGCAGAUUAAGAUCAGGUGCGUCAGGUUUCAGCUCGACAUGGAAGUUCCAGCCGCCGAUACAAGCUCGCCCUCGGCGCUCGAACCGGUGUCGUUCCAGAUUGCCCUCGAAAGUAUCGAAGUCGAGGGUGUCACCACGGCCGUCGAGGGAAAAGACUCGUCGGUGCCGGCCAUCGUACCGAAAGAAGGGAAGCGACACAUUUCGCUAGCCAACGUUCGCGCAUGUCUAAUCUCCGAGGCCAACGUCUUCUCCGCGCUGAGCCGCUCGCCGUCUAUGCCAUCACCCUCCACCGCCUCUUCCUCUCCCGUCAUGACGCGAACCCCCCCGUCUCGGCAGUCCACGUCGCUGCUGUCGCAGGGAAGCUUCCGCGAGCAGCCCAUGGCCUCUCUGCAAGAAAGUUUUCGUGAACGUCUUUCGGUCCGCCACAAAUCUCCGGACUUGGAGGAACAUCCCCUCGGCGAUAGCGAAGAGGCCCUGGGAAUCCCGUACGAGUUUGAUGACGAGAGUCCCCCGACGCCGCGAGCCUCGACGUUGCUCCAGGAACCCAGCACGUCGUCUAGGGAGUCGUCAAUUUCGACGUUGGCACAUGAGCAGCAGCAGGAACCGGAACAAUUAAACGACGCAUCGGCUUUGGAAUUCGAUCACGGACGACUGCCUUUACGACUAGUUGAAGCAGGAGGUCCAGACGGCAGUGACGAUGACAGUGAACUUAGCGUUCCCUUGCCAGGGCACAGUCGCUCAAUGGAAGAUCUCACCGAGUCACACUUAUAUACCCAUGAGGAAGCCGAGAGCAUGUACCUAAGUGCUUUUUCCACUGCAGAACCUGGGGCAUCGGCCAGUGUCUCGCGCCUUGCGCUGUCGCAGGAGAACGACCGGGGGAAAGCAGUCGUAGACCUCGCAACCCCAGCGGCUGCGUCGCGCAGCCCCCGAUCAAUAAUGCCGGGAGCUUGGGGCGAAGAGUCAGAAAGCCCCCGCGAAUCCCAGCGUCGCACACACGAGAGAGCAGAGGAAGCAGAGACGGCCCUUCCGGCGUCACAGAACGCAAGCUCUGUCAUACCCUUGAGUGGUUUGGCGUCCGAUUCGGGCCACUCGGAGCCUGGUGCGCGACCGCCAGAGACGGAGGCCGAGGGGCGACUGGUUGAGCAGGACGACACACCGACGCCGCGAGGACCGUCGCGAGUUGUCAAAGAGAUAAUGCACCUUGAAAACGUAUCCAUCUACGUCCCAUCGCAUCAUCGGCACAUCCAAGUUCAAACUGGAGUGCCACCGCAGCCAGGCACCGCCCAACAGCCUCCGUCAUCGACCGCGUCUACCUACUCUGAACCACUUGGGACGGCGGCCUCGUCGAAAAGCCCUUCGGCGGUCUAUGAUGACGCCGUGGAAGUGGUGCUUUCGCCGCUGCAUGUUUACUUUGACACUUCACUAGGAAUUUUAAUCGCCAUGGCCUUUGAUAAGUUACUCAAAGCUGUCAAGUACGAAGAGCCCGCUAGUGUGGGAAAGCCGCGGCGGCGACAAGCAAAGAACGAGGUCAAGAGGGUUCCCGAAUUCAGAUUCAUGGCCCAAGAGAUGUCUUUCAACUUUCUGAGUCAACUAAACGGAGUCGCUGACAUACCUGGACGACAUCUGAAUCCAUCGCCAUUCAUCCGCGACCACGAUGAUGUUCUCCUGAACGCCACCUUACAGAACCUUGCGGUUUCGACGUCUUCGACACGAGUUGAGACGCCGUCUGCCUCUGGCGACAAGGGAAGCGACCCAGCAAGUCAAGAUGCCGUGGUUACCAAGAUUGACCUUGAGCGAUUCCGCUUUGGCUACGCCGACAGUGACAUGAUUUCUUUCGAUAGCAGGCCGAUGACAACGUCGGUGAGAGACGUGUUCCUCAGUGACGGGCACGAUGUCGGCAUCAAGAUGAUUCACUCGGACGGGCUGAGUAAGACCGACGUGGAAACUCUUCCGCUCGUCGUGCAGCUCGACCUGCAACGCUUGGACGAGACAAUCGGCUGGUUUGGCGGACUCAGCAGCUUCCUCAACAUGAGCGUUUCCUCUGCAACUUCUGGCAUCAGCAGGUCCUCCUCGCCAGUCCUCAAACCUGUCGUUCACUUUGAAGCUCCCUCCACAUACCGCCGUAUCCAACACAGUGUAGAGGACAGUCGGUCGGCGGUUAUGAAGAACAAGAUUAACGUGCGAGUUGGUGGCGCCCUGGUCGAGCUCGCCGGCAGAGAAUGCAGUGUAGCUGCCGAGACGAAUGCAAUCAAAGUCGUCGGGAGGGACCAAGGCAUCGGAGUGGCAUGUGGCCGCAUUCGCUUUAUGGGGCCGUAUCUGAAAACCCCUUACACGCCAACAGGUGAUAAAAACAACGACUACCGUCACCACCAUCACUACCAAACCCCCCCUCUAACGACAGAAGUUGGCGGCCUGCGCCUCGAGCUUUCGCCAGUCCCCGAAGACAGAGACCUGGAGAAGCUUCUCGAGCUUAUCAUCCCCUCGAAAGUCAAGUUUGACGACGACGGCGGCGGCGAGAUUAUGGUCGAGACCCUCCUGCGACAGAGGCGAAAAGGCUCGGUGCUCAGAGUCACCGUCGAAACGGUCAACGUCCGUGUUGGGAGCCCGGCACAGCUGCUGCCGGCCUUGCCCAACUUGGUUGAGGAGAUUGCGAAACUGUCGACCACUGUGGCUGCCAAGUACCUCCCGGAGGAUGACCGACCCGGCAUUUUAACCCUGACCAGGCUUCAAAAACUAGAUGUAAGCGUCAAUGUUGGGGACAAGAUCGGCCUCUUGGAGAGCCAGUUGAAUGAAUUUGAGGUUGCCCACAUCACCGUCCCGUCGCUCGUCGCCGUCGCAGUCCGUGGAGUGUCGAUCCGACGCAACGGUGACGAGGACCUCAUCUGUUCCGAUCCUGUCCUUCAAGGCCAGCCAUUGUCAUCGCCCGAAGAGAGAGGUCCUGUUAUCAUGGCCAGGAUUAUCGGUGACGAGAUGGAACCGAUAAUCAAAGUGAAGCUUCGGGAACUGAGAAUCGAGUACCGGGUACCGACGAUAAUGGACGCCCUCGGACUCGACAACGACUCUGCCACCCCGCAGGAGUUUGAAGCCAGUCUCGCAGCCUCUGUCGCUAGCCUAGCAGAGCGCGCCCGUCUCCCCCUCCUCAGAACAAACGUGCAAAUAACCGAGACGGCAAGCGAGCAGCUGAGGCAGGAAAAAGAGAAGCCCACUGCUCUUGAUGUCGGGCUGCGCGACUGUCUCCUCGGGCUCAACCCUCUCAACCUGUCAUCUAAGCUAGUCCUGGCGCUGACAGACGCACGUGUCCAGGCGGACCUACCGUCAUCGAACGGUAUCACGACUGCGGCAGUACAUAUCAACAAAGCCUCCUUGCUGUUAACGGACAAUUUCGCUGAGACGGAGGUGGUGUCGACAAGCACAGGCGCGGCCUCCAGGGCAAAACGACGACGGCAUUCGGCGUCUGCAGCGUCCCCGCAAAUUGCGGACAUGUGCGCAAGGGGCUUCGUGGACAUUUGCUACAUAUCAUCUGCUAGAAUUGCAGCCACGGUGAAGCCAACCCGCGGCGACGAUGGGCCGUUGGACAACGGCAAGCAGGUCGAGGUCGAGCUUCGAGACGACCUAUUGGUCCUGGAGACGUGCGCCGACUCGACUCAGACACUCAUCGCACUAUUCAACGCCCUGAAGCCGCCCACGCCGCCGAGCAGGGAUGACAAGUACCGGACAAAGGUGGUGCCCGUGCAGGAUCUGUUGGCCUCCAUCUCAGCCGAGGCUUUUGGCAAGCCCGAGGGAGACUAUGAUUUCGAUCACGACUUUGCCGGGGCUCAGGAGUUGGCCGGCAGCCUGUCGGACGCAGACUACGGGAGCGGCAGCCGCCUAUUACCGCACGGCGGGUCAGACGUGUAUGACUCGCAGCUCGGCGGCGAGGAACUCUUUGACGCGACGGCGCAUGGGAUGUCGAUUGAUGAGACGACGAUGCAGGACACAGCCGAGGGCGUUCUUCUCACGGGAUUUGAUCAUCCGUCCCAGAAUGAGUCGUCUGUCAACGAUAGUGGCGACGACCUAGUCAUCCACGAAGACUUUUACGGCCGCGAUGAAGGCGCCAGUGAAAGCCAGACAGCAAAGCUAUGGAACUCGGUCAAAAACACGUACGACAGGGCGCCCGACGCCCUAUUCAAGUCCAGCCCGCUCCGGGUGUCAGUCAAGGAUGUCCACGUCAUCUGGAAUUUGUUUGACGGCUACGACUGGGCACGCACUCGCGAUGUCAUUACCAAGGCGGUCGAGGACGUCGAGGUCAAGGCGACAGAACGUCAACAGCAGAAAAACAAGCAGCAGUCGUCGAAGAUCGGUGGCGGCAGCGGGUUAGAGACCUACGAGGAGCAGGAUGAAGAUGAGGAGACCAUUGGCGAUUUCCUAUUCAACUCCAUCUACAUUGGCGUCCCACUGAACCGUGAUCCGCGGGAACUUACCCGGGCUAUAAACAAAGGACUCAACGACGAGGACGACACGACAGAAACGGAAUCGGUGGCCACGACCACGACCACGGCAACCAAGACGGCCUACCUGCAGUCCAUGCAGGGGCGCCAUCGUCGCGGCCGCCGCCUCCGCCUCCACCGCAGCAAGCACCACAAAAUCACCUUUGAGCUGCAAGGAGUCAGCGCGGACGUGGUCGCGUAUCCACCCCCCGAGGCGACAGCCGCAGGGGUCACAAGCCGGGGCGGCCAGGAGACACUGAGCAGCAUUGACGUUAGGGUCCAGACCCUCGACAUCUUCGACCACGUGCCGACCUCGACGUGGAAGAAGUUUGCCACGUACGAUCAGGACCAGGGAGAGCGCGAGAUGGGUACCAGCAUGGUCCACCUCGAGCUCCUCAACGUGAGGCCAAUACCCGAUCUGGCGGCCUCGGAGAUUGUCAUGCGCGCCAAGGUGCUGCCCCUCAGACUGCACGUCGACCAAGACGCCCUCGACUUUAUAACCCGCUUCUUCGAGUUCAAGGACGAACAAGGCGCGGGCCAGCCACCGUUGGCGCCCGCUUCGACGUCCGCCAGCGACAUUCCUUUCCUCCAGCGCGCCGAGGUCCUCGAUAUUCCUGUCAAACUCGACUUCAAGCCCAAGCGCGUCGACUACGCCGGCCUGCGGUCGGGCCACACAACCGAGUUUAUGAAUUUCAUUGUGUUGGAGGAGGCGCGCAUGGUACUGCGCCACGUCAUCGUCUACGGCGUCUCGGGUUUCGACCGCCUCGGCAAGACUCUCAACGACAUCUGGACUCCGGAUGUUCGGAGAAACCAACUGCCAGGCGUCGUGGCCGGCCUGGCGCCCGUGCGGUCCCUGGUCAACAUUGGCAGCGGUUUUAGGGACCUGGUGGAGAUUCCGCUCAAAGAAUACCGAAAGGACGGCCGCGUUGUCCGCAGCAUUUCCAAGGGCGCCGCCGCCUUUGCGCGCACGACCGGCACCGAGCUCGUCAAACUGGGCGCCAAGCUUGCCGUGGGCACGCAGUACGCCCUCCAGGGGGCUGAGGAGAUGCUGCUCGCGGAAAGAGCGACGGAGGGCGGCCGGGAAGCGGACGAGGACGACGAGGACUACGACGACGCGGAUCUGGGAGGGCUCGACGACGAAGACAAGAAGCAGAUCUCCCUGUACGCCGACCAGCCCACGGGAGUGCUGCAGGGAAUCCGGGGCGGGUAUCGGUCGCUGACCCGCGACGUGAACCUGGCCCGCGACGCCAUCAUCGCCGUCCCGGGCGAGGUCAUGGAGAGCCAGUCGGCUGGUGGUGCGGCGCGGGCGGUGCUGAGGCGCGCGCCCACCAUCAUCUUCCGGCCGGCCGUGGGAGUGACCAAGGCGAUUGGGCAGACGCUGCUCGGGGCGACCAACACAAUGGACCCGCAAAACCGGCGCCGGAUCGGCGAGAAAUACAAGCAUUGA